AUGUCGGAGACCUCAUGCAUCACUUGCCUAUGCGGGCAAGUCUCUCAGCGAGUAUCGCCGACACUGGCAGAGUCAUUCUCGGUCUGCCACUGCUCCUCGUGUCGCUCAACAAGCGGAGUCCUCUGCACAUCCUACCUCGUUCUGAACUCUCCUCCCGAUAUUAACAAAUGCUGUCUGACCGAAUACGCUCAGUCCGCUAAUGUCAGUCGCUGGUUCUGCGCCGUCUGUGGCGCGCAUGUCUUUGCGUAUGCCAAACACGCAGACAGAUACUAUGUCGCGACGGGGCUGCUGGAGACGACGAUUCCUUCUGAACAAAGACGUGUCACCCACUGGGGCACCCGACACACUCGAGACGGCGGCCUGAGUCGUUUCUUGCAGCUGGGCAAUGAUGCAUCCGCGAAUGGAGAUGUAACAGCAUGUCUGCUGGGACCCACUGUCGCCAACGACAAGGAAAACGACAAGAACGAAAACAACGGCGAUAUCCACAGUAGUAGGCUGCAGGCGCGCUGUCACUGUGGAGGCGUAGACUUUUCCAUCACGCGUCCCGACGAUAUCCGGUCUCGCAGCGUGUGGUCGCCAUGGCCAGACCUGCUCGUGCCGUAUCAUUCAGCGUCACUGCGAGAGAAAAGUAACCCGGACGAUGUGAAAUGGUGGGUUUGCGCUGAUAAUACCAAAUACCUCGCCGGAACAUGCGCUUGUACGUCUUGUCGGCUGGCCAGUGGGUUCCCUAUCCAGACAUGGGCAUUCGUACCCAAGACAAAUAUUGUCUCUGCCGCCGAAUCCGGGACCGAGUUUGAGUAUCGCUCGACGAGUGCUACGUUGCAGUGCUUUGAGAGUAGUCCCGGAGUGUUUAGGGAAUUUUGUAAUUUGUGCGGUGCUACGGUGUUUUGGCAUUGUAGUGAGCGUCCCGGCGUUGUCGAUGUAAGUGUUGGCGUGUUGCGAGCACAAACUGGUGCGAGGGCUGAAGACUGGCUUGACUGGGUGACUGCGAGGGUUAGCUUUGCAGAGGAUGCUCUUGGGGACCCUUUGAUUGCUCUGUUGGAAGAGGGUUUGCGGGCAAGUUAA